AUGGCUGCGGUACCUAUGAGAUCCGUUUGCCUGUCGUGUAAUAAACAAAUAGUAACAAGGGUGGAAAAAGUCGCCUCAACUCGAACUCACUUGUGGGCUGGACUAUUGUGUAUCGUAGGGUAUGUAUACCUCAUCAUUAAAAUCCUCAACCUAAACAUGUUUGCUGCUAAUUGCUGGCUUUGCGUUUGUUUUCCUUAUUUUAUGGACUCCUGUAAGAAAGCUCAACAUUACUGCCCUAACUGCGGCGCCUACAUCGGAGCACAAUCCUUGUAA